ACAUCAACAACCCUUUUGAAAUCAAACCAAAUCAAAUCAAAUCAAAUCAAGCCAAAAGUUACAGGUUCAAAUUAACUAUCAAAACUAAUUCUGCCAGUAUGGCCGAUCAAACUUCAUCAACUGUUGAUGAGUCCCCAAUUUCUCCCGUUCGGGAGGCACGCGUCCGACAGAACUCCCUCGAGAAGCAUCUCCAACAUAGGCCGGAGCAACAAGAGCUCAAGGACCGACACAUUCUCCUCGAUACAAACGCCGCUCCGUCGCUUCAGUCAGCUGCGAUUGACCUCGAGCACAAGCUGGCAGCCAAAAACCUGAAGAAAGACCUCGAAAAGAGAAGUCAACGCGAGACCUUGGUUGAGCGAAACAUUCUCCCUGAAUCGAAUGCUGCCCCCGCUCUCGUUGCUCAUCAGAGAGACCUUGCAAAGCACAUGCGUAGAGACAGUUUGCACGACAAGCUAUCGCAUCGACCAACCGCUGAAGAGCUUAUCAAAGGGGGUGUGCUCCAUGAAGACCCUACCUCUGUGGAUGAUCUGUACACGGAGAGGAUCGAGGAGGAAUAUGCCAAACGCGAGGGCGGCGCUUGAUUACAGGGCAUCAUUGCUGAGACAAAGGUACCAGAUGAAGCCAAGGAUCUGAUGAAACAGAAUGAUAGCUUAGUCUCCUAAAUGAAAUUCAUUUGUCUUCUCGA